AUGUCUCGAAGUGAUGCCGAUGGUUCACUAAGCGAUGUCAAUCCAGAGCUGUUAGAGCUGAGCAAAGAUCCAGUUGCUUGGCGAGAGCAGCGGAGACGUGCACUGCAAGCAAAAGUGUUUGGCCAUGGUGGAGGGGACGGCGGUGCCGAGAGUUCUGCCACUUCUGUACAUACCAAAAAUAUUUCCUCUGGUGCAAGGGCGCCUAAUGCGUCCUGCGUGGUUGAUGAAUCACGUCUAAAAAGGGAGGAUCACGAGGCAUACGUGCUUGAGCAGCUCAAGUCGCACAAACGAAGGCGUGAGGAUGCAGUCAUGACAGAGGAGGCGCCUGGUGGUUCAGUGAGUUACAUGGGACUUUCGACAAAGGAAAAACUAUUGCAGCGACUGAAGAACCCAAAGUAG